AACAAGAAUGCCGCGCUGGGUCUCGGAAACGGCGACGACAGAGUCUACCCAGAGAGCGUCGUCAUCCCCGCCCUACGCGGGGUCCCCCAAGACGAUCGCCGCUUUCUGCCGGCUCACAUCCGCGCCAUACACAUGUCUAAACUGCACACGGCUGUCAUAACCAACGAACCCGCAUCCAAUAUACGAGUAUGUGGAUUCGGUAGCGGCGGCAGACUCGGACCUGGUCAGCACACGCUUCAGUAUUCCUUCCAACCCCUUCACUCCUCUGUCCCGUCCCUGAGCAUUGCAUCCACCGCACUCGGCCAGGACCACACCCUCGUGCUCACGAUCUCGGGGGAGGUCUUCUCGUGGGGGCUCAACCGAUUCGCACAGCUGGGUUACGUCGUCGAAGUCACUGGGCCCUUCACUCAGGAGCCCAUCCAGGCGACGCCGCGGAGGAUCAUGGGUGCCCUGCGCAAGGAGACGGUGGGAGGGAUCGCAGCGGCGAAGACGUGCUCUGCUUGCUGGACCGCGGAGGAAGUCUAUACCUGGGGCACGAAUUCCGGGCAGCUGGGCUACGAUCAGCCUGUUCAGGUGCUGCCGCGGAAGGUGACAUGGGUCUCGCGCGUGGUCGACGUCGCGCUUUCGGACACGGCCAUGGCCUGCCUUCUGCAAUCCCGCGACGUCGUUCUCCUGUGCAACUACCAGCACACAAAGCUGAGCUUCCCCACCGCCUUCCCGUCCGAGAUCCAGCCCUAUCGCCCCCCGCAAGCGAUCAAGAAUGCGCAUAUAUCCAAGAUCGCGACGAGCGAUGGGGUGUUUGGCGCGCUCUCGUCGAACGGGGAGGUUUUUACCUUUCGUCCUCCGCCAGCUUUGUGCGAUGGGAAGGAGAGGACGGGUGCGGUCCUGCGGAGUGACCCGAAGGAGAAGCUGCGAAGCGACAUCAAGGAGCGUGGCGGGAAGAGCGCAAAUGUACUGCCGUUGCGCGUGUGGGCCUUGAGGAAGCAGUUCACGGCGAUCAGGGACUUCGCCCUGGGUGCAGAUGGGUCCAUCAUCUUGUGCACGGAAUCAGGACACGUCUUCGUCGGCUCGCAGACGGGCAAGGGCGGCCAGGUUGGCCCUCAAGCCGGCGGGCGCAAGCCUUUCAAGUAUACGCGGCUGCCUUACAUUCAGCGGGUUACGCAGGUCUGCGCGAACAUAUCAGGCGCCUUCGCAGCGAUACGCGUAGACGCGGCGCCGAAGCCGAUCGCGGUGCACGGGAACACACUCGCGCAGGAUAUGGCGCAUCUGCAGCCGUACAUGGUGCUGCCGGAUGAAGAGGACCGCUUUCCGGGCUGGCGACCGACGUCGUCGAGGGCGCGUGGGCCGGUGUACGAAGUUGAUGGGGCAGAUGGGGCGAAGGCUACAACGGCGCACGAAGAUGAGCAUGAGGAAGACGAGGACGACGGAGGGAUCGUGCAUGACCUCUACGUCCUGCGCGAUAUCUGUGUGGCGCUCAUACGGCAGAUGGAGGCGCGGAAGGUUUACGAUGAGGCGAAGGACGAGCAGGGCAAGGACAGCGACAAGGAUAAGCCGGGCAGGGACAGCGACAAGGCCGAGCACGCGCAGGCCGAUAGUUUCCUAAACAUGCCCCGUGGCGCCGAUAUGCUCGUGCGCCUACCGAAUGGCGAUGCGUACCCAGUGCAUAGCGUCGUGCUCGCGGCUCGCUCGACGGUGCUGCGCGACAUCCUAUCAAGCUCGAGGGCUGUCGACUCCGCCGACUUGAAGGGUUUGCACAUCGACUACGCCGAGGGCAAGGCGAGGUCCGCGACCCAGGAGUCAGCAGUACCCGCCCUCGAGAUCCGUGGAUGCCAUGCGCUCACCGUGCUCAUCCUGCUGCGCUACCUGUACACCGAUGACCUGCUUGCGGUGUGGGACCCACGCAUUGCGACAGGCUUGGGGCGCAUAGAUGGGCUGGGGUUGGACCUGGGUGUGGUCAAGCCGCAGCUGCGUGCACUCGCGCAGUUGCUGGAUCUUCCCAAGCUCGCGCGCGCGCUGGAGUCUCCGGCGAAGCGGGUGCCGGAGGCGUCGUUGGCGAGCGACCUGCGCGCGUUGUACGCUCCGACGAAUGGCUUCACUUUGAGCAAGGAGCCCAAUGCGCUGCUGCGCCCCGACGUGGUGCUGCAGUUCAAGGAUCGGGAGGUCACGUGUCAUUCGGCGGUCCUGCGGUGUCGAACAGACUACUUCGCGGCGUUCUUCGACGAGGCGGUUUGGACGGAACGGCGGAAGGGUGAAGAGGGUGCCAUAGUCCUUGAUAUGCGACCUUUCAGGUGGGAGGUGAUGCAGUACGUGCUUAAGUAUGUAUACUGUGGGGAGCACGAGCUCUUUGGUACUUUCGACUUCGCCCACAACGUAGACGAGCUCAUCGACUUCAUAUUCGAGGUCAUAUCCGCUGCUAAUGAGCUCCUCCUCCACCGUCUUGUCCUCGUCUGCUCCGAGAUCAUACUGCGACACGUCAACGUCAACAAUGCAUGCUUCAUCCUCGCGGAGGCUACGCACUAUCAUGUGGCACCGCUCGUCGAGAGCUUGCAGGGGUAUAUCGCAGUCAACAUGGAAACCUUCCUGGAGAGUCGCAUGCUGGACGACCUGUCGCCAGACCUCAUCACCGAGCUUGCCACCUUCGUUCGGCAGAAACAGGUGCAGCGACUACGUCUAGACGAGCUGGAUGCGCAGGUCGCGCGGCUGAUGGCGGCGCACGCGGAUUGGCUGGCGACGCAGGAUGUAGCGGAGCCCAUCAUUCCGUCGAAUCGGGCGAGGAAGGACUCAGCGAAGAUGUCCCCGUCGGCGUCGACCAAGAUUUUGCGCAAGCCGCCCUCCAGUCCGACGUUGGGCGCGCAGGUGCUGACGUCGUCUGCCAGCGGUAAUGAUGAUAUUUUUGAGAUGGACGAUGCUGUCCCACCGUUCAAUAUUGGGGCGCCACCUCCACCGGCUACUACUCCCGCCUCUUCGUCCAGGGUUUGGAAGACGCCGAAUGCUCCUCGCGUUGACAUGAAGUCCCUGAUGGCAGAGGCCGAAAACCAGGCUAAGCCGAGCAUGCUUGCAGAGAGCUCUGGCAAGGGAUCCCUUCGCGGCACGCCGAAGGAGUGGCGCAGGCUUCCAUUGCAGGACACCCCUCCACGCACCCCGCCGGCGCGGACACCAGGCAUGCCGUGGCGGAUUCCGUCGUCCUCGACCCCACCUGCCGGUUCAUCGUCGCUGGACUUCCCUACACCUGGAGUUGUACCACAACUGUCUUCAGCCUUCCCACCGGUCGAGAGACGGCCGUCUCAACCGACACCCUCCGCCCAGCGGAAGGUGCCACCUUCGCCGCCGCGGCCUGGAAAGUCCUUUGAAGGUGGUCUUGGUCCCGUAUACACUCCCGCCAAGCAGUCUCCGGCGAAGAUGCGUGCGACAUCCUCGGCUGCUGCGUGGACGUCGCCACCGGUUGAGCCCGUCACAGCUCCCUCGACGGGAAUGUCGUUCGCGGCCAUUCAGCAGGCGCAACAGGAUCAGAGCGCCCCUGUACGCGACAAGCGCUCACUGAAAGAGAUUCAGGAGGAAGAGCGGGACCUGCAGGCGGAGGCGGACUUCUUGGUCUGGUGGACGGCCGAGGAAGAGAGGCUGCGGGUGGAGGCUGAAGCCGUCAGCGCCGCGUUGGUGAAGUCGAAGAAGGAAGGCGGGAAGAAGAGAAGGGGGCCUGGUCCUGAUGGUCAGCGACGUCGUCCGUCUGGGCAGGACAAUCCGAGUGCGGGGCAGCAGCGACAAAUGGGGAGACCACAAGACGGCGAGCGGUCGGAAGGCGCUCGGCAGGAGAGCCAGGGUCAGCGACCCGCCAAUGCCACGCCGCCCUCGAAGCCGCAAGGGCGUCGUCCCAAGAGCAAACAGGUGCCGUCUGGACGAUCGGCGCCACCGACCUCCGCCUCGUGAGCCGUGUAGAGUAUACAGUAAGUUAUCGUUUAAUUUGUAGAUGUCGUUACACUACGGGGUUGGAGGCCUGGUCGUAUAUAUCCUUGUAGCUGUAGUUCUGUAUUGUACUUUGGGAUGGGUAAAGCAGACGUCCUUAGCAAACGUCCUCAGCGAAGAUCGUCAAGG